CCCAGCGCAUACGGAAGUACGUCAUCAAGCGUGACCUUGGCGUGCGUACUUCUUCACUGGUUUUCUGACAGACGAAGAGGACGAGCAUGGCAAAUAAAGAUCCCGGUGGUUUCCUGCAGCAGCUGCGGCAGAUAGCAGCCAGGAUGUCGGCAGGAUCUCGGGGCGCAGGAAUCGGACUCAAGCUGCUGAUCGGUGCUGGAGCGCUGGCUUACGGAGUCAAGGAAGCAACAUACACAGUUGAAGGAGGACAGCGAGCGAUCAUCUUCAACCGGAUCGGAGGGAUGCAGAUGGACACGGUUCUCUCCGAGGGACUCCACUUCAGGAUGCCCUGGUUCCAGUAUCCCGUCAUCUAUGACAUCAGAGCCAGACCCAGAAAGAUCUCAUCGCUCACUGGAAGCAAAGACCUCCAGAUGGUCAACAUCUCCCUGCGUGUCCUGUCGCGGCCCCUGGCCUCCAACCUGCCGAUCCUCUACCAGCAGCUGGGUCAGGACUACGACGAGCGCGUCCUGCCCUCCAUCGUCAACGAGGUGCUGAAGAGCGUGGUGGCCAAGUUCAACGCCUCGCAGCUCAUCACCCAGAGAGCACAGGUUUCUCUGCUGAUCCGUAGAGAGCUGUUUGAGCGAGCGAAGGACUUCAACAUCAUCCUGGACGACGUGGCCAUCACCGAGCUCAGCUUCAGCCGCGAGUACACCGCCGCCGUUGAAGCUAAACAAGUCGCCCAGCAGGAGGCGCAGCGAGCUUUCUUCUACGUUGAGAAAGCCAAACAGGACCAGAGACACAAAAUCAUCCAGGCUGAAGGAGAAGCCACGGCCGCCAAGAUGUUGGGCGAGGCCGUGACGAAGAACCCAGGCUACCUGAAGCUGAGGAAGAUCCGGGCGGCCCAGAACAUCGCCAAGACGAUGGCCCAGUCCCAGAACAAGGUCUACCUGAACGCCGACAGCCUGGUCCUCAACGUGCAGGCCAGCGACAACUUACAUUUGUUGCUUGGGAAGUAAAAAGAGGACCUCAUCAUCAUUCCAUCUGGUCCUCAUCUACUGGAAGAAACCAUCUUUGUAGUCCUCGAAUUUCUACCCCCUCCCUCCCCCAGCGUUGGCUGUCCCACAUCAGGUUUACGUGUAAACACCACGCAAGAACUGACUUUACUGGCGAGGGGGAUUUUAUUUUGAAAGGUCUUCCUCUGGUGUGGGCUAAAGUCUUGACCUUUCUCCUGCUUCUUCUUUUUUUUAUUUUAUAUAUAAUCAGCUGUAGUGUACCGCCUGUUUUUUUUUUGCUUUUUCAGAGUCAGAAAAACUGAUUUAUUUGUUAAUAAAAAGCCUCUUCAACGCUGGAAAGAUUAUGUACGUAUACAUGUAGACACUCGGGCAAUAAAUCACUUUGGUUUUUGCCCUGACUUCCAUUAAAUGCAUCAACUGCAGAACAUUAAAGAGGACUUGAAAUAAAGAGUUUGAAAACUUAAAA